AUGAGAAAAUCAAGAGCCGACGAGAAAACAAUAUCACGUCUUCUUGAGGGUUACCCCUACUCCCCGUUAAUGCACAUUCCGGGCACGUUGCACACAUCCUUCAUACCAGAUAAAGUGCCACUUAACCUUUCCACCACCGCACAUCGCAUCCUCAAGGAAGAAAUAUUUCACAAUAGUGCCCUCUGUCAGGAACGAAGCAAUCACGCCAGAGAGAAGAGGGAAUUCCGCGAAGAUGUCAAGCGCUUGCUGCGUCGAGUUCCCUACGACAUGCUGGCUGAUCAGUGGCUCAGACAGUGUACUCUGAGCGCUGAAGUCCGCGCCUACUUAGUGGAAAAUAUUCUGCCCCAGCUGGUUCUGGGUCUUGAAUUCAUACUCAAGGAGGCUGACAACAGGAAUUUGGUUGAAAAAAUGGAGCUUGAUCCAAAUUUCAAUCCCAUCAAUCGUCUGGCGGAGUUUCUGAUGCGGAAUAGUCCAAAGUACAGCAACUUUUCUAACCUCACCCCCUACGCACGGGGUCUGAAUGAUGUGCUGGAGGCCCUCAAGGAUGAGUUAUUCUUCAGUUCAGACAGCGAAUUGGCGCGUCUGAAAGCUUCGGCAGAGAAGAGACGCAUAGACUUUGAGAUAGUGAAGGCACAGGAGAGGGAAUUUUUGGAAAAGAAACGCGCCAAAAUCCUUCCAAUAUUUGACAAGUUCCUGCUGGAUGGAGAUGAUCGUGUAAACGCAGUUGCGGUAAGCAACCAUGAUCUGCUAAAAUGCAAAGUAGUUUUUUACAACAGUAUGCGCUUUGAGUCCUAUAUUAUUGCUCUCAUAAUUGUUGGGAGACUUAGUUCGAGCUUCAGCUUACUUCGAUUAGAAGAAAAGUAA